CAACUGAUGCAGCAGUAGCUGGACGGUGGGUGCGGCGGUGACACAGCGCCGUGGUAACCUUGUCCUACCGAUUACAACUCUUACAAAACCUAAGAACAUUUCGUCUUUUUCCAAGAACAUUAAAAUGAAACGUCUGUUUUUCCUCUGUUUCUUGGCGAAUUUAUUACUUGGUGACGUUGGAAGAGUACGAGCCAAGGAGCACGAACUGCAUGAAGAAAAUGCAAAGAAUGUGCCAACUGAGCAAGUGAACUUCAAGGAAGGAGAGUGUUGGCUGGAGGAGACAUGCAACAUGAUCAACGAUACACUACCAAACAUUAUCAUCCUUUUAGCUGACGACCUGGGUUAUGGCGAUCUCAGUUUUUCAGGUCAUCCCACUUCCAGGACGCCUCAGUUGGACCAGCUAGCCAGAGAGAGCAGGUUCUUCACUCAUUUCUAUGUGACCAGCCCCGUCUGCAGCCCCUCCAGGGCAUCGCUAUUGACGGGGCGGGUGCAGGUGCGAAGCGGGGUGUACCCCGGAGUGUUCACCCCAGACAACACACUUGGUCUUCCUCGCAACGAGACUACCAUUGCCACCCUCCUCAAGAAAAAGGGUUACCGGACUCAGAUAGUGGGCAAGUGGCACUUGGGUGUGGGCGCCGCCAGAGAGUAUCUACCUAUUCACUUCGGGUUCGACCAGUACCUAGGGCUGCCUUAUUCCCAAGACAUGUGUCCCUGCCGUCAGUGUUUUCCACAGGGCCAGCCCUGCUACGACCUCUGCUGGCCCUCGAAUGUUUCCUGCCCGCUCUUCAGUAAUUCGAGAAUCUUAGAGCAGCCAGCAUACCUUCCUACCCUGACACAGCGUCUGGUGGCCCAAGCAAAAGCUUUCAUCUCUGAUGCCGCCGCCUCACAACAACCAUUCUUCCUCUACUUCCCUUUCCAUCAUGUACAUCACCCACAAUUCGCCUCCGAGGAAUUCUACGGGAGGAGUGAGCGAGGAGUAUUCGGCGACGCCCUUGAUGAACUGGACUGGGCUGUAAGCGAAGUGGUUGAUCAACUCACCACUCUCGGCCUCAUCAAUUCUACUCUUCUUUGGUUCACCUCAGACAACGGACCGAGCCUGACGCGACAUGAGCGAGGAGGGUGCGCUGGGCUGCUGCGUUGUGGGAAGGGCACCACCUGGGAGGGAGGUGUCAGGGUUCCUGCCUUCGUUCAUUGGCCUCCCUACAUCACACCGGGUAAAACGUCGGGUCUGGCAUCAACACUGGAUAUACUCCCCACCCUAGCGUCUCUGGUUCACCUAGACACCUCUAACUUAACUUUGGACGGCGUCGACCUCUCGCCCCUCCUCAGGGAUCCUCUCGCUAAGAGUCCCCGUAAGAUGUACGCUAUAUACCCGCAGUCACCCCAGCAGUCCCUGGGACCCUUUGCAGUCACCAAUGGUACAUAUAAGGCUCAUUUCUACACCAUAGGGUCAGAUCUGUCGGACCCUGACAACUACGACCCUUUGUGCCCUGCCAGCCACCCCCUCACCCAUCACGACCCCCCACUCCUCUACAACCUCUACAACGACCCCGGCGAACGAUACAACUUGGCCAAUGAUUCCCUCUACCUACCGGUUAUGGAUAUGUUGAGAGAGUGGAGAGAGGAACACAUGAAGACCAUGACGUGGAUGGAGCCCAGGACCACAACCACAGACCCUUUAGCUCAGCCCUGCUGCAACCAACCCUCCUGUCAGCCCUUCCCCGAGUGCUGUGACUGCCCUGUAAUUACACAUCCCAACCACAUCAACAGCUACCACCUUCAUGAUAAACAGCCAUUUUGGAAGAGACCGUAGUUUCCGCAACCCAACAUCGCAACCAUGAAUUAAGUAUUCAGAAGAAGCCUUUAUUUGGUCAAUGUUUAUCUGUAUGUUGAGAUUUAUAAGCCCUCCAUGUCAGUAUUUUGUUCCACCCUAUCUAAAUGUCCGAACCACCUCAAACACUCCUCUUCAGCCCAAUGGAUAAUACUUUUAGUAAACCCGCACCUCCUAAUCUCCAAGCUAAGGAAUCUCUGCAGUCUUUACUUAAAGCACAAACAUAAUUGAUGUAUGGUAUAGUCGAGAAGGCAAAGAACGUUUUGACCUCUUAAUAUAUCAUUUUACCUACACGAGACUAUUAAGUAUUUGAUAAAGCCUCAUGUAAACGAAACAUUGUCUCCUGCUUGUAUGUAUCAUUUAACUAUUUUAGAGCAUAACGUUGUCCAAAUCGAGGCUUGUUCUCCAUGCUUGCGUCUUUGUCCAGCUACCACCUCUACGAUAUCUGAAGAUCUGUUUCCAAAAAUCAUGUAGUAGGUUUUGACAAUAUCAAGGGUGAAUUUGUUGGUAGUCAUCCACAUACAUAUUUUAUGAGUUCAUCAUUAACAGUGUCGCUGAGAGUAGUCGGAUUUAAGUGGGAGAUGACAAAAGCCUUGUCAUCUGCGAACAGAACAAGUUUAAGGAGAUGAGAUGCGUUGGAGAGAUCAAGAUCAAAAACUCUGUCUUGAGACACUCCUACGUCGACAAAUUGAGUUGACGAGGUUACGCUUUAAGUGGAGACGUACUGGUGUUUAUUGCUAUGACAAUGCUCUAGUUUAAGGUGCACAUGUCACUCUCCUGGCUAUACUACAAUAUAGCCCACCCUCCAACUUCAAUAUUAGUGGUCAUACCUAUGCAAAAAUAAUAAAAAAAAAAAACUUAAGGGAAAUGCUACGAUAUAUCCAGCGCUGCCAAACACAAGCCAUCCGUUUAUGUCAAUUCGUUAGUGCCGAUCAAACAUAGGUAAAUGUAGGUCAAUUUACAUUAACCUAGCCUAACAUAUAUUAUGUAAACUUUUUGUAAACACUUAGAUGGGAAAGAAUACAAGCAAACUGUU